AUGACUCCAUCCUCUGUCGCCUUUAAGUUUCAUCAACAAAGACAAGCUGAAGUUGUUGCUGCCACCGCUGCUGCUAGAUACUCCCCCUAUGAGACUUUGUCCGUGGUGAACUUAGAGAGGGACGUACUGUUGAAGAAAGUUCGACUUGUCGCCCAAAUGGGGCUGAGGUCAGCUACCAUUUGCUGCCUGGGAAGAGGAGGAAGGGGGAAGAAGGGGAAGGGUAAAGGUUGCUACUCCACAUCGCCGCCGCUGUUCCACGCUGCCGUCGCUACUCCUCGCCGCCACUGCUGCUUCCUCGCCACUGUUUCUUUCUUCCUCAGCACACACCCUUGCCCUCGUCGCGAUUUGCAUCCCCGCCGACCACCACAACACCCUCCUCGUCACGAUUUGCAGCCCGCCACUACCGCAUCGCCGUUCUCGUCGCAAUUUGCGGCGUCACCACCACUGCCGCAACCCUUUCCACGCGAUUCGCCACCACCACCGCAGCUCUCCUCCCCUUGCGAUUCGCAGUUCACCGCCGUAGCCCCUCCUCCCCCACCACCGCCGUAG